GCGUUCCCAGCAGCCAUCUUGGAUCUGCGGGGUGAUUGUUUUAUGUCAAGAAUUGACAGUUGGGGUGUUAAUUGGCCUCUUUUUUUUGGCUGGAAAAAAAAUCUUUAAACUUCCCUUGCAAACGCUGAGAAAUGUGAGUGAACCAAGGAAGGCAACCACUCGGACGCGUGCAGUAACGAAAGAAUGAAGACUUCAUCUUAGUCGUCAGUCAUGGCGGAUAAACGGAAACUACAAGCUGAAAUCGAUCGAUGUCUGAAGAAAGUGACGGAAGGAGUGGAGCAGUUUGAGGACGUCUGGCAAAAACUUCACAACGCAGCCAACGCCAACCAGAAAGACAAAUAUGAAGCCGACCUCAAGAAGGAGAUCAAGAAGCUGCAACGUCUCCGAGACCAGAUCAAGUCGUGGCUGGCGUCAAGUGAGAUCAAAGACAAGAGGCAGCUGGUGGAAAACCGCAAACUCAUAGAAACGCAAAUGGAGCGUUUCAAGAUCGUGGAGCGAGAAACCAAGACCAAAGCCUACUCCAAAGAGGGUCUGGGCCUGGCCCAGAAAGUGGACCCGGCCCAAAAGGAAAAGGAGGAGGUCGGCAACUGGUUGACGAACACCAUCGAUACGCUUAACAUGCAAGUGGAUCAGUUCGAGAGCGAGGUGGAAUCCCUGUCUGUUCAGACCCGCAAAAAGAAAGGAGACAAAGAGAAGCAGGUCCGCUUGGAGGAGUUGAAGAAGUACAUCGAGAAGCAUCGCUACCACAUCCGGAUGCUGGAGACCAUCCUGAGGAUGCUGGACAAUGACUCGCUGCAGGUGGACUCCAUCCAGAAGAUCAAGGACGACGUGGAGUACUACCUGGACUCGUCGCAGGAUCCCGACUUUGAGGAGAACGCCUUUCUCUACGACGACCUGGAUCUGGAAGAUAUGACCGCGUCGCAGGUGGCGACGUCGCCUCCGGGACAGUCGCACUUGGAGGACGAGAUCUUCAGCAGCACACCCACGUCUCCCACGUCAUCCUCGCCCGUCCUCCCCUCGUUUGCUAACGCGGCGGAGAGCUGUGACGACGACAAGAAGCAAAGUCGUUUCACAGACCGAGAAGUCACUCAGUCUCCUGUGAAGAACAGCAACUCCUCCUCUUUCUCCUCUUCGUCGUCGUCCUCUUCAUCAUCCUCUUCCUGUUCGUCUUCGAGACUGACCUCUUCCUCCUCGGUCUCCACGGCGACCGGCCGAGGGGUUCUCCUCGCCGACGCCACCGAGCGAGACAAAGCUCCCAACGGGCCCUCCGUCGCCCGUCCAACGGCCUCUUCGCUCCCCAACCGCUGGACUUCCAACCCGCAACCCUCGGGGGCGCCAGCAUCCCCGAGCGAUUCCGCCCCGUAUGCCAAGAUUUUGGCGUCUCAAAGUUCACCCGGCGUCAUAGGCAGCGGCUCGGGGUUCUUCCCCGGACCCCGACCGAGGCAGAACGGUGACGCGGACGAGCGCCUGAUGCCGGGCGACCUCGGAGAACUCCUGCAAGGUUACGGCGCUACAGACUCCGCCCCCAACAACCAAUCACAAAGCUGCCAAUCUUUGUCUUUGACGUCCAUACCCAAUCCGCUUAAAACGCCAUCUCCUAGCUUACUGGUGUCAAUUUCAUUUUCGACGGGCUCUCUAUCGCCCCCCUCUUAUAGCGAGGCCAAGAUGGGGAACAGCAGCAGUGCUCUGCUCAACGGGGCGCUUUCUUACCCCUCCUCAGAUGCCGUCAAGGAACCUCCAAGCAGCUUGAAUUCCGCCGUGGACGGAGGAGACCUCAACUUGCCGCAGCUCAACGCAGAUGCGUUCCCCUGUACGCCGUCGUCAGAGGCCAGCGUCCCUCCCACUCUGGGCGUCUGCCCCUUAGGCCCCGCCCCUUUAUCCAAAGAGCACCUCUACCAACAGACUUUGGAGGAAGCCGUGUGGGCGCGCAUGCCGCACCCGUCCGACUCUGAGAGAAUCAGGCAGUAUUUGAUGAGGAAGCCAUGCCCCACGCUCCCUUUCCAUCACCAGUUGCCGCCGCCUCACUCUGAUUCGGUGGAGUUUUACCAACGACUCUCCACCGAAACGCUCUUCUUCAUCUUCUACUACCUGGAGGGAACGAAGGCUCAGUACUUGUCGGCCAAAGCAUUGAAGAAGCAGUCGUGGCGCUUCCACACCAAGUACAUGAUGUGGUUCCAGAGGCACGAGGAACCCAAAACCAUCACUGAUGAAUUUGAGCAGGGGACGUACAUUUACUUCGACUACGAGAAAUGGGGCCAGCGCAAGAAGGAGGGUUUCACUUUCGAGUACCGCUACCUGGAGGACCGUGACCUUCAGUGACCUCCGCUGACCUCAUUUUCCACCACUUCCGAACCUCGGCGUCUUUGCCAAAGUUUCUUUUGUGUCUCAGGAAGACUUUAAUUGGUUCAAACCAUGGAAACAAACACCAGCAACAUUUUUUUUAACUUUCUUUUUUUGCUGAACUUUUAAAUCUUUGGCUGCCAUUGAUGGCAAUAGACGCCCAAUCCAGUUUGACUUGGGGGAGGGGGGGUGGUGAUUCUCCCCUCCCAGUUAAAACUGGAUUGGAGAUCUAUUGCAGUCAAUAGUAGCCAAUGAGUUAAGGACUCCAUUUAUCCUCCAAUGUUUGGAGAGCGAUUUGAUUUUUUUUAGAUUUUCUUUGGACCCUCGUUUUAUUUUUGGGGGGGGGCAGCACAAAGACAGCCUUUGGAAAUGAAAACGGGUAGGACCCAGUUUUUAUCAGCACGUGAUUUUUAAACUUGUUUUUUAAGAUUUAUGUGGGUUGUAGAAAAAAAAAAAAGUUAUGUCACUGCCAUAAAAAAUGUCAAACAGCAAUAAAAAAAAAAUG